CGGCUGAUACGGGCUGAGAGCUGCCGUAUCGCCGUCUAUAUAACGAUGCGCGGCCUCAGACGGUCAACUGAGCCGGUCACGCACAGGCUCUCCCGACCCUGGCCAUGUAUCUGUGGAGGUGCGCGCUGCUGCUGGUGGUGGGGGUGGCCGCGGCCCUGGCUGCCCAGCCCCGCGGUAGUCCGCAGGAGCUCGGAGUAUGGCCGAUCCGCACGGCGGACGAGGGCCGCGGCCGGCGCACGUGCUACUUCUCUGCCUGGGCGUACAGCCGGCCCGAGCUGGGCAGCUACGACGUGGAGGACAUCCCUGCCGACCUGUGCACCCACCUCAUCUACUCGUUCAUCGGCGUCAGCAACGUCACCUGGGGGGUGCUGAUCCUCGACCCGGAGCACGACGAGGGCGCGGACGGCGGCUUCCACCGGUUCACGGCUCUGAAGCAGCGCUACCCGGGCCUGGUCACCACAGUGGCCAUGGGCGGCUGGGGAGAGGGCGGCAAAAAGUACUCCGAAAUGACCUCCGACCCCAGUCGGCGCAAGUCGUUCAUCGCCAGCGUCGUCGCGUUCAUCAAGGAGUACAACUUUGACGGCCUGGAUGUGGACUGGGAGUACCCAGGCGCCUCCGACCGAGGCGGAUCGUUCUCGGACAAGGCCAACUUCGUCUCAUUCAUGCAGGAGGCGCGCGCCGCGUUCGACGCCGAGGACCCCUCCUGGGAGCUGACGAUGGCCGUCGGAGUGCCCGAGUUCCGCAUCGGCGACGGGUACGACGUGCCGGCCCUGUGCUCGGUCGUCACCGCCGUGCACACCAUGACGUACGACUUGCGCGGCAAUUGGGUCGGAUACGCGGACGUGCACACGCCGCUCCAUAUGAGGCCCGGACUGGAUCAGUACGCCUACGAGAAACUCAAUAUUGAGGAUUCGAUGCAGGUGUGGGUGCGCCACGGCUGCCCGCAGAGUAAACUCCUGGUCGGCCUGGCCACCUACGGGCGCACCUACACUCUCAGCGACCCCAACAACCACGACCUGGGCGCCUGGGUGAAAAAGUGGGUCGGUGGCGGCAACCCGGGACCCUACACCAACGCCACCGGCUCGCUGGCCUACUAUGAGAUUUGCUCCACGCUGGACAGCUGGAACCAGGAUUACGACGACAUCGGCAAAUGCCCGUUCGCCUACAAAGAUGACCAGUGGGUCGGGUACGAGGACCCGGACAGCCUCAAGUUCAAGACGGACUUCAUCAAGGCGAACGGGUUUGGCGGCGGGAUGGUGUGGGCCACCGACAUGGACGACUUCCGCAACCUGUGCGGCCGCGGCGCCAAUCCCAUGCUGCGGCUCAUUUACGAGGAGCUGAAGGACUACGUGGUACCGCCGUCACCCACCCUGCCGCCCACCACCAAGCAAACGUGGUACCCGCCGGCGCCGACGCAGCCGACGCCGCCUCCGGACGCCGACUGUUCGGGCGGCUGGGAGUACCUGCCGGCCCCGCGCUGUGACCAGUACUACUGGUGCUUCAACGGCGAGGCCCACCUGGAGACGUGUCCGACGGGCCUGAUCUGGGACGAGACGCACAGCAGCUGCACAUGGCCGGGCACGGCGCCGCCCGCCAACUGCACCAUGCCGUCAGCCGCCGCCGCAGUCGCCGCCGGGGAUAAAAAGGCGCCCACUGGUUCGAAGAUCGCCGCCAAGCCGCAGCUCCCCAUGCCCCUGGCUAAGAACUCGAUCAAAAAGGCCGCUGCUGCCGCUGCCGAGGCCAAGCCCGUUCUGAAAAAGGCCGCGUCUGCCGCUGAUGGCUCGGACGCCGCCGCCAAGCCCAGUAAGCCCGCCCCGAAGACGGCUCCCGCUGCUGUUCAGACCAAUAAGGUCCCGCAGAACGCUCCCCCCGCUCAGGACGUGGUGCCCAGUCACGCGUAGUUGCGGUAGUUAGUGGUCUCUGCGGCCAGGCUACGGCUAUUUUCGGUGGUGUUAUUGGGGUGCGUUAAACGAUCGUGCCAAGUGCAAAUUGCCAGUGGGUUUGUGACGUUUCGACUCGUUGUGCCGUAGUGUUCGAAUGGUAUGGAGGCUUCGAAUGAUGGCUGCGAUAGAAAUUAUACGGAAGGUACGACAAAGGCUGCCGAAGUGGCUAAUAAAUAGUGGUUGAAAAGA